CUUGCGCCGUCCGUCUAAUAAAGGAAGCAAUGAGUUGUUCAGUUUUAGGCUAUGUGAGCAUGGUGAAUACAGCUGUGAGAUCCAGGCUUCUCUCUUCCCAUUUAUCUCAUAAGGAACAGAAGGUUUGCCUCUGUGUAGAGGCUGAGUGUUAUGAGCACACUGCUCUGCUUUCUUUCAUAAGAAAAUGGCAAAGUGCUCCCGGGUUCUUUGUCUGCCCAGCACAGCAGUCCUUAGGGCCGCUGAAGCCCAGCCUGGCUGCAGGCAGAUGCACAGAAAUGAAAGGUUUGGACCUGUGCCUGGUGCUGGGGCUCAGUUUGGCUGCAGCAGCACUUGGAACGUUGAGAUGUUGGAUUUCCUCUGUGCAGGGCGGCCACAGGGCUGCACUGGGGGCCAUCCCAUACCGACGGCCGCAGCAGAGGCCGGCCCUGGUCCCAGCUGAGCUCUCGGAGGAGGAAGCCAUGAGGAUCGCCAGGAUCUUCUCUGCUCGGCUCUGCGAGAAGGAAUAGCGUGGAUGAGAGCGUGGAUGGAGAUCUCAUGGCACAGCUGAUUCCUGGCACGUCACAAGCACCGUGUCCUCAGGGAGAGGAGGUGAGAGCAGCAGGGUUCGCCCUCUGGUCCUUAAUUGUCCUAAUUGGGGUUUACUUGGAGGGAGCAGAAGCGUGGUGGCCCACCAAGGGCAGCUGCAGGCGGAGAUCUCAGGUGACGCUCAGCUCCCUGCUGCCCAAUCCAUUGACCGACUUGUUCUUCAGUUCUCCACCCACUGAGAUCCAUUCUCAUGCAAUUUCUCUCCUGUUUAUACAACAACUUUGGUCAAACAUCCCAUUUUGGGGCAUCUCCUUGACCCAAAGGAUGGAGAACACGAACAAAUUGCCAUCCUGAGGGACAGCACAGAGCUGCUGCAUCACCGCCCGUGCGAGGGGGUGGGAGAGGAGCUCCCUCCCCUCCUCGUGGCCUUUAAGAAUCACUGUACAUCCAGACCACGGAUGCCAUACAGCCGAGUGUACAAAAGGGUUCGCAUAGAAAUACUGAACUUUUAUAUUAUAAAUUAUAUUGUAAAUUAUUUCUGUACAUUUCUACGCCGGAUCCCCGUGCUGCAAGUUGUGUCCGCGCUGCUGUGGCAGUGCAGUUUGUGUUUCAAUAAAGUGAUGCCCAUUUUUGGCUUUGUGUGCCUGCACUGCCAGCUGCAUCCACGGGAUCGAAUACCUCCAAGCAGUGCAGGUGAAGCAGAGCAGGGUGAGGGGGUCCUGCUGGUGUCCCCAAAGGUGGGGAUGGAGCCGCCCAGGGGGUUCCGUGGCUGUGAGUUUUAAGAAAGCAGAAAAAGGGCUUUUGUUGAGUUCUCACCCCAUCCUGGAGCUGCUUCCCAUCCCCGCAGCCUUUGUGCAUCGCUGUCUGCCAAAUGGGGCGGUGGUUUUGUUGCCUGUGCCCCGUGGAUGUGAACUCAGGGUUCCUCCAUGUGAGCGCAGGGGACGCGCGGUGGCGGCUGCGGUGCAGGAAAUCCCUGUGUGGUAAACAAACCUGGCAGCUGUGUGGGAUUAAUGACAGCCUCGUGCUGGGGACAGAGGGUCUGUCCCCAGGCUCCUAAUCAGACCAGAUUGUAUUUUCCAGUGCUGCUCCCUCAAAGCUCUGGCGCGGGGACUGAAAUGCCGUCACCCCUUGGAGCUGCCAGGCGGCCCCGCUCUCAGCAGCUCAAAUGCCAAGUGGGGGACGGGGCUGUGCUGUCACCCGAUCCCCGCAGCGCCUGGAACGUCCUCUGGGUGCUAUAAAUUGGGUGCAGAGAGCUGGCGCUCGGGGCUGCACGUGGGUGGAAGGAGUGAGACGGGGACACGGAGCCCACGCCAACCAGAGCCGUGGCAGUGAACUGCCAUCUCCAUCCGUGAGCCAGGAGCCCCGCAGGACGCGGCGUCCCAUUGCCAAACCUUUGCGUUCCCUGCCAGCCGUCAUGGUGGGCCUGAAGCCCCCCGAGGUUCCCCCCACGGCCGCCGUGAAGUUCUUCAGCGCCGGGACGGCCGCCUGCAUCGCCGACCUCUGCACCUUCCCCCUGGACACCGCCAAAGUGCGGCUGCAGAUCCAGGGCGAGGUGAGGAUCCCACGCAGCACCAACACGGUGGAGUACCGGGGUGUGCUGGGCACGCUGAGCACCAUGGUGCGGACCGAGGGACCCCGCAGCCUCUACAGCGGGCUGGUGGCCGGGCUGCAGCGGCAGAUGAGCUUCGCCUCCAUCCGCAUCGGGCUCUACGACUCUGUGAAGCAGCUCUACACCCCAAAAGGGGCUGAGAGCACAGGGCUGCUGGUGCGGCUGCUGGCGGGCUGCACCACAGGGGCCGUGGCAGUGACGUGCGCCCAGCCCACCGACGUGGUCAAGGUGAGGUUCCAGGCUCUCGGGGCACUGCCAGAGAGCAACCGUCGGUACAGCAGCACCGUGGAUGCCUACAGGACCAUCGCCAGGGAGGAGGGAGUGCGUGGGCUGUGGAGAGGGACGCUGCCCAACAUCGCCCGCAAUGCCAUCAUUAACUGCGGUGAGCUCGUCACCUACGACCUCAUCAAGGACGCGCUGCUGCGGGCGCAGCUGAUGGCAGACAACAUCCCCUGUCACUUCGUGGCUGCUUUUGGGGCCGGAUUCUGCGCCACGGUGGUGGCGUCACCGGUGGAUGUGGUGAAGACGCGGUACAUGAACGCCAGCCCUGGGCAGUACCGGAAUGUGCCGAGCUGCCUGCUGGCCCUGCUGCUGCAGGACGGCAUCGCUGGCCUCUACAAGGGGUUCGUCCCCUCCUUCCUGCGCCUCGGCUCCUGGAACGUGGUGAUGUUCAUCUCCUAUGAGCAGCUGCAGCGUGUGGUGAUGCUGGCCCGGUCUGCACCCCCCUGAUCGCCCCCAGCCCCACUCGUCAGCGUUGAUGAGCUGCAGCAGUCAAUUAUAUUAAUUGCUGAAGGGAGGCAGCAAAGGUCCCCAACCCUGUGGGAUGAGAGGGACCAAAGGCGGCUCUGUGAGGGACCAGCAGGAGGAGAAUGGAGAGAAGGGAAGGAUGGAAGAAGGGAAGGGAAGGUCCACAGCGGAGAGGGGAGAGGAAGGAAGAAGGUGUUGAGGUUUUCCAGUUGGGAACAGCGGUGCUUUCCGGCAGCAGUGGGACAGAGAGGUGGGAAGGAGCUGUGUGGGAUGGGGGAUGUGGUGAAUCCAGGUAUUCCUCACUGAUGCUGCAAAUAAAUCACCCCUAUGGGGUUUGUCUCAGCAGGA